AUGUCCAGUUAUAAACACUUAUGUCGUGCCUGUUUAUCCGUUAUCGCUCUGCCCAACGAAUUCGAGUUAUUUAAGAAUGUUUCUCCCCACACGUUUUGGUUGUGUACAUCAAUUCAGGUUCUAGAAAACGAAGCAUUGCCGAAAGCGUUGUGUAGAAUAUGUUAUGACUUAUUAAUGAAAUUUGCAAAAUUCAAACAAAAAUGUUUAGAGUCUCAAGAGGCCCUUUUGCAUUCACAUGACAUUAAGAUAGAAGAGGACUUGCAUGGAGAACUGAACAACAGUUUGGAUAUUCAUGAAUCUUUACAAAAUACUCAAUUUAAAGAAGAUAUUGAGGCAGGCAUAUAUAAAUAUGAGGGCCUAGAUGUGUAUUUAAAUGAUAGCCACAGUUGUGAUACAAAAGAUGAAAAUAAUCAAUAUUUACAUUGUAGCGUAUGUGACAAGAAUUUUACAUCAAGAAAACGUUUCAAAAACCACAGCCAAAGACAUCAAGAUAGUUUAAAAAUCUCAUGUAUACCAUGUAAUAAACUAUUCAAGACUAAUUAUGGAUUUAAGAGACACCAGGAGACUAUUCACAUACCAAAAAGCUUUGUUGACACACAAUGUAGCUUAUGCGGCAAAGUGUACAAGACAAAGGAAUCAAUGAGGCAACAUAUUAGGCUAUAUCAUGGUCAAAGAAAGUUAUACAUUUGUGAUAUAUGUGGGAAAACAUUUCAUACUAAGGCUUCUCUACAGAUUCACAUUUCGCGCCACAAUGUAAGCAAAGAAAGAAGUUAUGGCUGUCAAAAGUGUGGGAAGUUUUUCGUAUCUAAAGACACAUUAUCAGCCCAUUAUAACAGGACCCAUACAGGCAAACAAUUUAUUUGCCACCAUUGUAACUUUUCAUUUAGAUACAAGAACGGCUUAAUCAAACACCUUCCGAUUCACGAGGGGACAAAGCCUUUUAAGUGCGAAUUUUGCAAUAAAAUGUUUUCCACUCGAGGCUAUUGCGUGGAGCAUAAAAGACUGCAUUCAGGGGAACGACCAUUUAGUUGUUCUUAUUGUCCAAAAACAUUUGUAUCAAAACGACGUUUGAAUGAUCAUCAUAAAAUUCACACUGGUGAAAGGAAACACAAGUGUACAGUGUGUGACAAGAGUUUUACACAGAGGGGUACUUUAAAAAGACAUAUGAAAAUUCAUAUUAAAACGCCACUUGAUAACCUAACCAGUUUGCACUUGAUCAAUGUAAACUAG